AUGGAAGCUGGGUGGGAUCCUUUUGGGGAUCCAGCUGAUGACAGUGAACGUUCCUUCGUGAAGGCGGCCUGCAAAUCUGUGGUGACCGUUGACGCUGAUCUGUCUGAGGGGCACGUGCCUUUGGAUCCUUGGAAUGAUGUCACGUUCGUGUCUUUGGUGCAAGAAGCCGCCAGAGAGGCCAAGGAACAGGAAGAGGCCACUUUGAAGUUGCUUGCUGAGCAACAAGAAGAGGAGGAACAGAAGCAAAUAGAACGGGAAGCCAGGCGACUUAAGCUUGAGCAGCAAGCGCGUGAGUUGGCCAAGCUGAGCCUUCCCGAGCGGAGACAGAAACUGAGAGAGCGGGAAGCGUACACAGAGUUUGCCAUGGAAGCCAUUCAGCAAGCCCCAGCUUUCGUGGCAGCGGCAGCUGAGCGCAAAUCCAGAUCCCGGGAGCUGGAGGUUCCGCAGCCUGACGACCCUGAGGUAGCACUGGGAAGGGCAGCCGCAGAGAUCGCUGCAGCAAACAUGGGAGUCAAGAUCAACUUCAAGACCAAAGCCGAGGCAACCUGCCCCAUGGCGCUGCUGUUCCCAGACCAGAAUUCCAAGAGCCUUAAGAUGUUGAGAGGCUUGCAGGAGUUUGCGGGAGCACGUCGCCUCCGGGAAACAGCACGGGCACUUCUGGAUUUCGACCCGCUCGAAGGGCCAGGCUUCCAAGGCUUUUACGAGCUCCUGCGAGGUCCUGAAGGCUGGCUUGAACACACUCAGUACUGUCAGCCGGUCAUGUACAUCACCCAGCUUGCAGCUGUGGAAAAGCUCCGGGACAAGAGGCCGGCUUCUCUGGAGCGUUGCAAGGCAGUGGCUGGGCUGUCCCUAGGAGACUUUGCCGCGCUGACUUUUGCUGAUGUUUGGGACUUCGAGACUGGCCUUCGGGCCGUACAACUCCGAGGAGAGCUCAUGGAGGCAGCAAUGCUGGACGAGCCUCAAGCAGCCCUGGCUGUAGCAGGUCUCACCCAGGACACCUUGGAAGAACUUUGCAGCCAGUGCAGAGAGCAGGGAGAGGUUUGUGGCCUCGCGCAACGACUGUUUGCUGACGGCUUUGUUUGUGCUGGGUCUGCCGCGUCUGUCGAGCGUUUGCUCCAGCGGGCUCGGAGCACUAAGGGCUGCAAACAGGUCCAGCAACUCCAGCUAGUAGGCGGUUGCCACACGUCAAUGAUGCAGCAGGCAAGGAUGCAGAUGUUCGACUUUCUGCAGAGUCUGGCUGGCAGCAUGAAGCCUCCCAGGCUUGAAGUCUACUUGAGUUGCGGCACGAAGGUUGCCGCUGGCAGCUCUCCUGACUGGGCUGCCCUUUUGGCCGAUCAGUUGACUCAUCCAGCGAAUUGGAUGGACUCGGUGUCGGCCAUGCUCAAGGAUGGCCUCGGCGAGUUCUACGAGUGCGGUCCGUUGAACCAACUGAAAGGCAUGAUGAGGAGGAUAGAUCCCAAGGCGUACAAGGCUACUGUUGCCUUGGACGUCUACAGCGAAGAGUGGCAGAUGCGACCGACCGGCAGCCUACCCCCGCGCUGGGGUGAGACUCCUCCGGCAGCUUCUGCAGUUGACUUGCUGGCCGUCGGUGCCAUGCCAGCACAGACCUCAGCUUGA